ACAUUUUAUUUUACAAACAAAAAUCAAAAAAUCCAGUCAGAGUGAGACCAUCUUAAUAGUUAUUUCUUAUUAUUAAAUUUAUAAUCUGAAAACAAUUCACCUGCUUUUCAAAGAGGUGUAGUCUAAACUAAAAACAAACAAUUGAAAUCGUAGGAAUUUAAAUAAGCAAGUCAAUCCAAUAGCAACUUUAAUAUGAGUUUAUUUGGAGAAAUCGUGGAGCCAGGAACGAGAGUUGCAUGGGAAGACUGGGACGACUUGUCUGAAGGAACUGAAAAUAGCGGACUCAAAUGGACAAAUAUAUUGGAAGUUCCUGAUAUAGUUGAUCUCUUAUUAAUACUUGAUGGUAAACAUAUAUCAGACAAAGUAAGGCUGCAGGAGCAAGAUUCUAUAGUAUUAAUAAAUACUGUAAAGGAAGCUAGCUUAAGUCUUUACAAAAUAAAAUUAAGAAAUGCGUACAUAUGCAUUUUAAAGGAUUACAACUUACUCUUGAGUAGUGAGAUAGUGGAGCUACUUCGCGAUUUUAUAGAAAAGAGCAAAGAUAUAAUAGUAUUCUUAAAUAAGCCUCUGGUUGAAUAUCAAACCAGUAACCUAACUUACCAGCCUUAUGUUAUCAGGUGUUUAAAAACAACAAAAAGCUUAACAAAUCUUCAUGGGCUUAACUUUCCAAAAUUAGAACAACCCAAUAUAAUUUCUGGUGUUGCAGCAGGAGUUAUAACUUUAAGAGAACACUAUAAUUUAGGCGCUCUGGCGGUCGUAAUCUUUAUGGAAUAUUUAGAAAACUCACAAUUGGAGGAACUAUACAGCUUAUUACAAAAUCUGGAAAUUUCUGUUUCAACAAACCAAAUGCCAAACAGUGUAGCUAACUCAAACCUCUAUAUAUAGUAUGGUGUAUUGAAAUUUUCAAAAUGUGUAAUGGUAUUAUGGUGGAAUAAAAAUAAUAAUUGUAAAA